AUGCCAUCUGUUAUACAGUGGCCUCGUGGUGCAAAAGCUCAGGAGACAAGUGAUGCAUUUGGAGAGAUCUCGGGAUUCCUCAAUGUACUUUGGGCAGUUAAUGGAUCGCACAUUCCUAUUAAGGCUCCCAGAGAAAAUCCUAAUGCGUAUUAUGAUAGAAAAAAGUUUCAUUCAGUGGUACUUUUAGCUACAUGUGAUGCAAAUUUGCAAUUCACAUAUGUUUGGACGGCCAAUCCAGGCAGCAACCACGAUGCGUCUGUACUCAGAUCAUCAGAAUUGUUUGUCAAGUUGGAUGAUCUGUUUCAUCCAGGAUUCUAUUUGCUAGGGGAUUCAGCUUUUCCACUCCUAGGCUGGCUUGUGAUACCAUUUAGAGACUUAAGUAACUUAACAAGAGGCCAACGUCUCUUUAAUGUGUGUCACAGCAAGAUAAGACAAGUUAUUGAAAGAGGUUUGGUCAGAUUUAGACGUCUGCUUAGAUUUGAUGCUUGCGACAUGAACUUGAUUGUCAAAACCAUUCUUUCAGCUUGUGUUUUACACAAUAUUUGCAUCAAAAUGAAUGUGGAAAAUUUUAAUCUGUUUGAUGACGAUAACACCGACAACCAUGCUUGUGAUAAUGCAGAAUCAAGACCUAGUGGCUAUCAAAUGAAUGGUGUACGACUACGAAAUGACAUAAUGCAGCAUCUUGUUCAAUUAAAUUGA